AUGUGGCAAUACACGUGCUUACGUUGUUUAACAUACACAACUUACAUUGUUCCUUUCAUAUCUUCUUGGCUCUUUUUCUCCGUUUUCAAUAGUUUGUUUCUUUCGCAACUUCUGGACUCUACUUCUCUGUUUUCAGCUACCACCUUCGAAGUUCUAGGCAAAGGAAAGGAAAUAGUUACUUGCUUCUCGACUUUUGAAAUAGGUUCAACAUCAGCUACACGCACUGAACAUGAUGCCUUCGGGGCAACAAUUACUAUUACUGAGAUGCCACAUCAAGCUAAAACAGACGACACCUCCCAACUUAUGUCAGGCAAAGCAAACAAUUUAGUUGGUUGCUUUUCAACUUUUCAAGUAGUUAUGUAAUAUGUAUACACUACUGAACUUUAUUCUUUA